UCGGCCCCAACUGCACGGUCCUGCGCAACAUCAGCUUUCAUGAGACAGACGCCAGCGGCACCUGCAGCAACGACACGGUUGUUUGCUCGCCCGUGUAUUCAGGAGUCAGUUUGACAUCUACUUACUCAUCAGAUGGACUUUUUGCUGCUAACUCAUCGGAUACACAACUCAUCACUAUGGACUCGUAUUUGUGUUGUCGGCACUUUGGUGUACAAGGCCAGCCCGUACAAUCUUACUUUGGAAGUGUUCGAGAAGGGGCUGACUUCUGUAAGACUGUCGAUAGACAUUGUUGACGAGAAUCAGGCGCCGUCCUUCCUAAGUAAGGAAUAUGUCUUCAUGGUGGCUGAGGACACGCCGGCCAUGACAGUGCUGGCGACGGUGGAGGUCAUAGAGGGACCGGAAGUUGACAGUCAGACGGCAGACACAGACACCAUCCUGGUGUGGGAUCAGGACACAUUCACCGACGCCUUUCGCUUUAAGCAGCUGGUUGUAACCGACUUCAUGGUGCGGAUGCCAGGCUCCAGUCUGUUUGACAAACGAAACAUCAGUUGGUCGCCGGUACAACUGUCAGUCCUCAACAGAACCUUCUACCUCAGUACUACUCCAACCCCUGAUGUCCAGUACAGACUUACACUAAAGGCUGAAGACAGGUCAGGCUUGUUUGACACUGCCAACAUCACAUUCUACAUUAACGACACCAACCAAGCUCCCACUUGCCACAACUACUCGGUCACCAUGGACCUGGUGACACCGGUGGGGACAGAAGUAGUCACGGUCAGCUGUGCCGACAACGACACCACCCCCGAGUUUUCUGAACUCGUCUACCGUGGAAACAUCGGGGGUAACAACGACUACUUCUCCAUGAAUAGCACCGGAACAAUAAGCCUGGCGAGAGCUCUGCCAGUGGGAGUGGUCAACACGACCUACUCUGUCCACGCGCAGGACGGCGGAGGGUUGAGCGGGACUGCUGUGGUGAACAUUCGUAUCAACAGCAACUACCCACCGAGAUGUAACAUCAGCCAGGCCAUAGCUACGUUCCGAGAAACGGACCCAGCAGGUACCUGCAGCCAACAAGUCACGUGCCAAGAUUCCGCCAAUAGGAGCCUGCCUCUCAACGUCAGUGUCGCUGGUGGUCUUGGCCAGAGACCGAUGGUGGUCAACACAACACAGCUGGCGACUGAUGGUCUUGCUCUCAGUCUCUGUAUUAUGCAAGAUGGUUCGAAUGCUGUGGAAAAUUUUUCCGUUCAGGUGGAUGUGUCCAGUUUGCUGGGAGUCGUGUCCGUGAAGUGGAAUGUCAGCAUCAGGGAUGUCAACCAGGCCCCCUACUUCCGGCGCUCCGCCUACCGGUUGGCUGUCAUGGAAAACGUGGCGGUGGGCGAGUCGCUGGCAGUCGUGCGGGUGGCUACCAACAUCAGUGACACAGGAAGUGACGCAGAUAUCGUCGCCUAUGACCCUGAUCUGCUUACAGACGAUUUCAAGAUCCAAAAUAUAAGUUUGGAUUUGAAAGUAGAAUAUCUGAACGGCACGCACCUGGAGAACCUCAGCCCGGCACCACUUCGACUCGUCAACUCUUCCUUACGAGUGGUGGCACCUCUAAGGGCUGACUUCGUCUAUCAGCUCACAUUUACAGCUCAAGAUGGUGAAGGGUUGACUGGAAAUGUCACAUUGACUAUCACAAUCAACGACACUAACCAACCCCCAGAAUGUCACCCGGAUAGUGUUUUGACUGUUGACCUGAAGACGUCUGUGUCAACAAAAGUUUACACCAUUCAGUGCUCCGAUCCCGAUGUCGACCCCAAGUUUCAUUCUCUGACUUUUGGUCUUCACACAGAACUAAACUACACUUUCUUCAACGUCACUGCUGCCACUGGUGACGUCAUGUUGGUGAAGCCGGUCCCUCGCACUGCGCGAGACUUGCACGUGAAGGUGUUUGCAUCAGAUGGAGGAGGUCUUACAGCCAACACCACUCUCAACUUUACUGUAUCAGGUAACUACUCGCCAGUGUGCAGCCCCGUCUACGUGCCUCCAGACACCGAGUGGACACACGGGAGGUGCUUCAGGGUGGAGCCCCACUGCUCAGAUCCCUCCACACCUGAUGGAGACCUCUCUUUCCUCAAGUAUAAUUUUUCUGGAAACUUCCUCAACGCCUUUACCGUCAACAAGUCAUUGGAGAACGGAACGUACGCAGAGUUCUGCUACACGAUGUACACUAACGGUAGCUUCCAGAUGGAUCUGAGAGUGGACAAUGGACUGGGGACAUACUUGUGGAACUAUGUGGUGACAGUGAUGUACCUCAGGGCUGCCCCCAGGUUUACUGAGACUGUUUACACUGGCUUUGUGAAUGAGUCAGCUGCUGUUGGCCUCAUCGUGCUGAUGGUGCGGGCCACCGUCAACGGGACUAAAGGUGGUGUGGUCUACACCUUACUGGAUGAUGGUGGAGACUUUGGACUGUUUUUUAAAGUAGACAACCAGACAGGUGACAUCCGGGUACUGGCUGACCUUGUGACUAGAGUGGCGACAACACUCAGUGGCCAUAUAACGGCGGAAGAUCAGACGACAGGGUUGAACACAACAGCAGUGAUACAUGUGAAGGUAGAAGAUGUCAACCAGCCCCCAGUCUGCAACUCCAGCAGAGUUUCCAGUGUAGUUCCAUGGAAUGUCGCCCCGCAGCAGGUCAUCGCUCGGGUGGCAUGCUGGGACCCUGACCCCACGCCUUCUUUUUCCAACAUCACUUAUCUUAUUGUUGGAGAUGGAGUGUGGGACAUCAACAGCACCAGCGGGGAUGUCUUUGUCAAAGCUCGCAGUCUUCUCCUUCCAGAAAAGUCGACAUUUGCCUUCAAUGUAACCGUCACGGACGGCGCCUACAACAUCACUGUUCUGCUCAACAUCGUCGUCAACAGAACAGCGCCCAGUCCUAAUGUCACAGUGACCAGAGUUGACCCCACCAGUGCAUCUGUUGCUUGGACCUUUGACCCGGUGUACGAAGGCGUCAUCCAGAUGUUGAUAGUGGAGACUGCGCAUGUGAACGGCACUCACGUGCAACGAGCUGCACGACCCCCCUCUGCUAGGGAUUAUGUUGUAGAACAGUUGACCCCGCUACAGACAUAUAUAAUUGUGGUGGUUGUCGUAGGCAUGGAUACAAACAGCUCAUCGAAUUCUCGGCAGUUCACUACACAGCAAGCGAUUAUCGCAGACAGCAAGCUCACCUUCACUGAGGGUUUGAUCAUCGAGAACGACAACGUGACACUCACGUGCACAGCGCGGACCCCCGGGUCAACAGCACCGUCUUCCGGUGGUCACGUGAGGGGGUAGAACUGCAGAACUCGUCUUCUAACCACCUCAGGGUAACCACCUCCAGCAGGGCCCAUUUCAGUUUACGAGUCAGUUGGUCAUUACUGGUAUCCGGCAAACCGAGAAAGGAUCGUUUUCCUGUGAGGUGUCUAACUCUUUUGCCAAAGAGACUCUGAACAUUUCUCUCGGGGUGGUAUCCGCCAUAUCAGCCACUCUGUCCGCCAGCACACAGCUGGUUGAUCUCGGCAGUGACGUCAACUUCACGUGCUCUAGAAGCGCCGACUACACGGAUGACUGGACGGCUCAGCUGUCAUGUAGCAAUUCCACCAAUGCUACUAAGUCGGUGCCCAGGACAGAGACUAAGGUGACCUUCCUCAGCAUCAAUGUGUCAAAACCUUUUCAUGCACAUGCAGGGCUACGGACAGCCAUGGCUUCGAUACGAGUAACGAGGAGACAAUCUUUGUCAAAUCUCAAG